AUGGAACCGUUAUUCGAGCCAAUCACACUAGACACGAUAACGAGGACCCCUUUAUCAUACAGGAAUAGGAUAACAUUUGAAUGCUGUGUUCAUGUCUCAUGCGUCAUUAUCAACUUCGUUUUCUGCUUAUUCUUCAUUGCCAGGCCCAAUUUAUUCAAUUCGUUCAAGCCAACAAUUUGCUUCGUCACAUUCGGCACCUUCUUCCUCUCAUUGCCGCUGUCAGCAUUGCAACUCUAUUUGGUCUUGAAGCUCUGGCUCGAUCAAGAGCCUCUGUAUACUGUGACAACGUGCACAUUUGUGAAAUGUGUGACGAGCUGCACUACGUCAUGUUCGCAGGUUCUUCCGCUGCCUGUCUCAAUCUAUCGAUACCUGGUUGUGGUCAGGAAUCGGAAAAUGCCGACACGAUUUGUCGUCGUAAUUCAUGCGGCAAUUUGCACAAUUUUUUUACUCAUCGCUCUCCUCAAUUUCCCCUUGGGCAGUUUUGAAUUGAACGACCAAUGCGAAAUAUUACGGUUCAGCAAAACGAUGGAAGCUAUUCGUAUCUCUCUAACCCUUGGAUUAAACAUUUUGGCGGUUUUUAUCAAUUUUACGAUUUACAUGUUUGUAACGAGAUAUGAUCGAAUAAAUAUUGAUGUACAUCGACGAAGGGUUCAGCUAACCGUAUCAAUGCUUGUUCAAUCAACAAUCCCAAUUUUGGUGUCAAUUCCGCUGCUGAUCGGAAGCUUCCACUUCUAUUUUGGCUUCUCACUUCCAUCUCAUUUCACAUCGCAUUUCUACGCCACCACGUUCGUUUCGCCAUUUUUCACACCGUUCUCAUCGAUGCUAUCGCUUCAAUCAUUGCGUUCCGAGAUGUUCGAUGCUCUCUCGAGCUCGUUCUGCUGCACCGGAACUCGCAAAAUCUCUAGCUUACUAAUUUUAAAGACAAAUCGCGGCACAAAUCAUCAGACGUUCGAUUAUUGUGUUUCAUAA